CUGGAAAAAUCGUCUUGUGUAACUCUGCCGGAAUGUACACACAUGCAACGGUCCUGGAACUUGAGAGAAGUGCUGGCUGUACAAUUUAUUAUUUGCUUUGUUUAAUUGAUUGAUGUGUACGUUUGAUAGUAAAUUGUUAUGGCGAUGUUCACAAUUGUUUGUUGUUUAGGAGAAUAGACAGAUAAGAAAGAUUUCUUCCCGCAUCGAGCUCGACCUUUGGGGGAUGCAAACUCGUCUCGCAUACUACAUGAUGAGGAUUGUAUUAUUGUUAUAAACAACAGUUAGCUGAGUCAUGGACGAUGUUAGUAAAUGGAAAAACGCGAGGAAAAGUGUAAAUAAAGGGUUAUUAAAGAACAUCAUUAAACAUACAGACGCCCAUAACAAGAUCCAGGAACAAAAUGAGAUGUGGAAAUUAUGGGAGUUAAAAAAACAAUCCCAGGAAGUUAAGCUAUCAUCCAAGCAUGAAAAUGUGAAAGGAUACAUGCGAAGUGAUGUAAAUAAAUUGUCUAUGUCUGCCAAGAAGGAAAGUUUAAAAUGGAAUCGUCUUCUUGUGGAGUAUGAAGAAACGCUUAAUGACAGGUGGGGUCACAGUGGUUAUAAAGAGUUAUAUCCUGAGGAAUUUGAUGUGACAUGUGAAGAUGGCAAAAGUGACAAAGGGAAAGAUAAAGUGCAGAGAAAAAGAUCCAGUGGAGAUAGAAAAAAGCAUUAUAAAAAAACAAAAAGUGGUGAAAGAAAGAAAGAAAAGCAGAGUAAAAACAAUGGAAAUGCUUUGCCCGGAAAAUCUGCUGAAAAGACUGAUGCCAAAGUAACUGACCAUGAAUACCAUAUGUAUAAACGAAAAAACAGGAAAAAUAAGAGUCAAAAGGUUUCUCAAUCUGGACAAUUACAAAGAGAAAGCUCUGAAUCAGACAGUGAAUCCUUGAAAAGAUCUCGUGAUGGCUCUUCAAGUAAAAGGAUAGUUGAUAGAGAUAUCAGCACUAAAUCAUUUCAAACCAAAAAGCGCAGAAAGUUUAGUUCUCGUGCCAGUUAUUGAGCAAUCUGGAAAAUGUAGAAAAUGUAAAAAGUUGUGAAAUAGCUGGGGGAAAAUGUGACAAAAGGUUGUUGGGCUUCAUCCCUGCCAGAUUUAGGGCUUUUGAAAAUAUCAAGCUUUCUCUAUCCUGAAUGUUUGGUUGACAAAUUUCAUGAUGGCAUCUUUCUAAUUUUAUACCCCCCAACUAUGCCACUUUUUAGAAUUGAAAAACAUUAACAGGGGAGAAAUUAAACUUUUUGUUUAAUAGUUUUUUUAUUGUAAAUAGAAUAUCUUCAGGCUAUGCUAUAAUGAGCUCACAAGGUUUGUCUUGCUAUGUGAAUUUACGAGGUUUAUCCUUAUUUAUUUGUUUAGAAAUUUUAUCUAUUGUCUGUUAUAAUUCAUAGAAGUCGAAAUAUUUUAAAAAAACUUAAUAUUGCA